GCCGCCAUGCAGAUUCUCCUCCCGUGCUUCCUCUCCCUGACGGCGGCGCUGUGGGCGGGGCCUCUGACCGCCACACGCCUCCUCCGCGCCGCCUCGGACGCCCACGAUUUGAUUGUCAUUCUCCUGGAUGGGUUCAGAUGGGACUACCUCGACAUCCACAAGCGAGGCGGUUUUCCCGGCUUCGAUAAAUUUCUGGACGACGGCGUGCGGGCGGAAUAUCUGAACCCAACCUACCCGCCGAAUUCCUUCCCAAAUUGGCACACUAUUGUUACAGGCUUAUACCCGGAAAGCCAUGGAAUCGUCGGUAAUUUUAUGUACGACGAAGAGCGAAAUGCUUCGUUUAACCUGAACCAUCUGGAGACGACCUCCGACCCCCUCUGGUGGCAAGAUUCCGAACCACUCUGGAUCACGACGACGAAGUCUGGCUUAGACACGGCGCUUUUCCUGUGGUCGAGGUGCGACGUGCCUUGGGAAGGGAAAAUCCUGCCCAAGUACUGCGUUCCCUUCGAGGAAACGCCCCCCAACACCCAGCUCUUCGUCAAGAACCUGAACCAGGCCGUCGACAUGAUACAGAACGAGGGAUACAAGCUGGCCAUGGUCUACGAGGAGGUGAUCGACACGCAAGGUCACGCUUACGGCCCCACGUCUCCUGAGGUCACCGUGGCCCUCCGAGACGUUGACCUCGCUCUGCAGGGCCUGUGGGAGGAUCUGGCGGCGAGGGACAUGCUCAACACGACGAACGUGGUGGUGCUGAGCGACCACGGGAUGACGGACGCGGGACCGAAGGACAAAAUGCGGCUGGAUCUCGCGCCCUGCCUGGACUACGCGCAGGUUGUGAAGACCACAGAGCACGCGGGCUACAUCAACAUCCUCCCUGCUAAAGGCUACGUAGAGCAGGUGGAGGAGUCGCUGAAAAGCUGCCCGGACGUUUCUGAUAAUGUUGAAGUGGUGAUGAAGGAGAACAUGAAAGAACGUUACCACUACAAGGACCACAGACUCAUCCACGAGAUCAUUGUAUUGCCGAAGCCAGGCUUUUACAUAAAAUCCCCGGAGACGAACUACUCCCUGCCAGAGCGCGAGGGAACAUCCGUGGGACAACACGGCUUCGACCACACCCUCGACCAGACGCCAGACAUGCGGGGAAUCCUGUUCGCUUGGGGCCCGUCCUUCGUCUCAGGCCACAAAUCCGGGGUCGUCGAACAAGUGGACGUAUAUGGCCUGCUGUGCCGCGCCCUUCAGCUGUCGUGCCACGCCUACAAUGGCACAAUGGAACACGUGGAGGACUUCUUCGACACGGGUUCCUCCUCCGGUGCCCCGUUCUCAUCCCAUCCCUCAUAUCUCAUCUACCUUUUCGUCGGUGUUGCCUCAUUCAUCGCCUUAGCUGUGGGCGCCACCAGAGGGCUUGGUUGAGUGACGAUAAACGGGGAUGUUUGAGAGUGGGGAAUGAGGAAGAAUGAGUUGCACGGUGUCUUACAGAGCAUAGUGGCGUAAUUGGAGAUUUUGGGAACCCGAAGGGGGAUUUUCCCUUGAGAGGCGCCCAGGAUUUUUUGGAUUUGCCAAGAAAUGUAUACAUGAUAAAAUGAGAAACAAAGUGGUUAUUUACUUGAACUUGAAAAAGUAAUCAGUUUUCCUGAUAGGAAGACAUUUAUAAUUAAAAUAGAAACAUUUUGGGGUCCCCUACCCUUGAGGGCCCGGAGAUGGUGAAAAAUCGCUCUCAUUCCCAACAACGCCACUGCUAAAGUGUUUGUAAAUGAGUUAAAAACUGUUCGUUGUAUGCCAAAAAAAAGAGUGAAAUAGUGUGUGUUGUGAUAAGUAAUGGGCCAUUAGUUGAUUUUACUCUUAAGCUUAAAGACAUUUUAGUCUGUUUCUGUUCCCCACUCUGAAAGAAAAGUAGAAGAAAAAGUAUUAUAUUUCACUCUGUGUAAUAAUACAGAGAAGUGCUGGUGUCAUUUUAUUACCCACGUGAAACCUGACUGAAUACUUUUACUAGAAUGUUUAGAAAUAGAUUGCAAAACAUUUCAUAUUAACAGUAAAAUUGCAUAAAUUCAGUUUAGGAACCAUUAAUUGGGUUGCUGAUUGUAUGUAUUCAUUCAGUGCAGAAAGAGGAAAUCUAAAUUUCAAAAGGAACAGUAAUUUGUAGUAAACACUCAGGCUUGCUGCAUAUAAUACAGACAAAAUAUUUUUUAAGAUAUUCUGAUGGAUUUUCUAAUAAUACUUGCCAUUAUAUCUGUAUCCAUCAUUUGCAUUUUGUGGGUGAAUUCUUUCACCUCAUUAGUGUUUUGUGUUAUUUUAUAGCAUAAUCUCUCUUUUCUGUCAUUAUGGUCUCAUCUCCAUAUAUUGGGUAACAAUAUCAUUAUUUAUGCUGCAAUUUAAGCAUUACUCUAAGUUUUUGUAAGAGAAAACUAGUUGCAGAUAAAAUUCCAGAUAAAUUGUUUGGACUUUAAACUCCUGCUGUAUGAUCUCAAAUACAAUGAAAUUGGCUUAUCAACUUUGGUUGUUUCCUAAGGUAUGUGUCAUGAGUGGGUACUAAUGCCCUUACAUGCUGUUAUCAUUUACCCAAGCCUGUGAGUAUGAAGUGAAGUCUGAAAUAAAACAAGAUAAAAAUCAAA